CCCAGAACCUACCUAUUAAAUAGAGCUUCCCUUUCCCUGUGGUCUUAGAAAGGAAAUCAAGAUGGGUGACGCCGGCGCAAUGGCCAAUGGGGCAGUCUUGCUUAACGGGGCACCGCUUACGCACCCCAAUUUAUAUGUGCGUAACCUACCUCCACAAAUGGACCAGACUGCAGUAGAAGUCCUGUUUCGGCAGUUCGGGACCAUUACGGGCUGCAAGUUCUUCAAGACCACCUCCGUGCCCUACGCCUUUGUCAGGCUUGGGUCUCCAGCUGAGGCGAUAGAUGCUAUCACGAAGCUUAACGGGACGUGCGUUCAUGGCAAGCUGAUUUUAGUGAAGCCAGCGGAGACAGAUGCCACAUAUGAAGUCCCCAACGAAAACCUCUACGUCCGCAACCUGCCUCCCAGCUGGAACGAGGAGACCAUCCGGCAGUACUUCGAAAAGUACGGCCCAACCAUCAGCGUGCGCAUCAUGCCGCCGCUGCCCACCACCGUGGGCCAGGUUGCCCUCAUCAAAUUCCUCCACGUCGAGCACGCGCGCGCUGCACGCGACAGCGCCAACGCCACCGUCCCCCCCGGCGAGGAGCAUGCUCUCAACGUCAAGUUCGCAGACACGGCCGAUGAGAAGGCGCGCAAGCAGCAGAACAGGGCAGCUGCGGCUGCAGGCGCCACCGCUACUGCCGGCCCUGGUACCGGCGGCCCUAGCGGCCCCGCUGGCCAGCGCUACGCUCCGUACCCUGGGGCCGGCAACCUGCCCGCCGGCAACAUGCCACCACCGGGUGGACCGCGGCCGCAGGGCGGACCGCCUGCCAUGCUUGUUGCACCCAUGCAAGGCCCAGGAAUGCUGGGCCCUAUGGGAGGGCCGAUGGGGGCUCCUAUGGGAGGGCCCAUGGCCAUGGCGCCUCCGCCUCAGGCGGGUGCUGCGCCCUGGGCUAGUCCCCCCGCAGUGCUAUUCAGCGGCCCGCCCCCGCAGCAGCUCCCGCUUGCGGUUGCGAUGGCACCCAUGGUUGUAUCCGGCUUGCCUGGGCAGCCGCCUCAGCAGCAGCACCAGCAGCUCCUGCCUGCUGGGCCCAUGGGGAUGCCCAUGGCGAUGGCCAUGCCGCAACAGCAGCAGCCACAACACAUGCCGCCUCAGCAGCAGCACCAGCAGCCCAUGCAACAGCCCAUGGGCAUGCCACCUCCUCAGCAGCAGAUGCAGCCACCACCGCAGCAGCAACAACAGCCGCAGUACCCGCCCUAUCCCCACCAGCAGCCGCAGCAGCCGCCUCCGCAGCAGGUCCAGUCGUACCCGCCUUUCCCGGUGCAGCAGCAGCAGCAGCCGGGGGGUCAGCCGGCGCCGUCCGGACCGGCGGGAGGCGUGCAGCAGCCUCCCGGGGCCGGCUCUGCGGGGGCGCAACCGCAACCGUACCCCAUGCAGGGCCAGCAGCCGCCGUACCCCGGGCAGCCGCAACAGCCGGGAGCCCCUCCCACGGCACCUGCGACGCAGUACCCCGGCUUCCCCGGUGCGACUCCCCACAACCCACCCGCCCCCCAGCAGCCCUACGCUCAGCCGCCUUACGGCCAGGGCCAGCCGCCCCAGCAGCAGCAGCAGCAGGCCCAGCAGCCUGCCGCAGGCCCACAGCAGACCCAUGGGUCAGCCUACGACGCGCACGCCGCCUACGUCCAGCAGUUCACCGCGUACUACGGCUACCCCCCGCCCAUGUACGGACCACCCGCCGCAGCAGGCGACCAACCAGGGCAGCAGCAGCCGGGGCAGGCGCAGACGGACUUGCAGCAGCAGCAGGCAGCGUACUACCAGCACUACUACAGCCACUACUACAACAAUCAGCAGCAGCAGCAGCCGCAAGCGGGCAACAAGGAAGCGGCCGCCGGCCCGACGGCUGCCACUGCCACUACCGCUGCCGCUGCCACUCCUGUCGACGUCAAGCCGCCGCUUCCCACGGGCGCCCCCUCCUCCUCCGCGACUGCCCCAUCUGCCGACAAGGCCGCUGUCUCUCAGCCCGGCCAGCAGCCCGCAACGGCUCCAUGGCAGUCCCAGGCGGGCGCUGCUACCGCUGCCGGUGCUGCCAACGGCACGGCUGCAGCAGCAGCAGCAGCAGCAGCGCCGGUUUCCGGCUACAACCCCAGCAGUCGUAUCGUGGUGUACGGCCUGCCGGCCAAGGCGGAUAAGCUCGACAUGUACGAGACCUUUGCCAAGUUCGGCCCCACGCUGGGGGUGCGUGUGGAGCCUGGGUUCGGCGUGGUGCAGUUUGGAGACCGGGAGUCGGCGGUGCGGGCGGUGAGCGGCAUGAAUGGCGCUACCGUGAUGGGCGCGCAGAUCCGAGUGGCGCUGUCGGAGCCUUGAGAGCUGGCAGGCAGGGAGGCAGGCAGGCGUGGGGACGGCUGGCUGACGGUCAGUUGGUUGGCCUGACUAACCAACUGACCUGGUUGAUGAAAACAGCAAAACACACCAGGCCAUGCAGCCAUUGGACUGUGCUGCUUCAGCCGCUGGUGGCGAGUCGUGGGGGACUUCCUGGCAACAACUUCCUGGCAGGCAAGCAAGCACUGCCAUCCGUUGCGACUCAGAACGGACAGUUUCGUGUGAACACACCUCCACACAUCAGCUAGGUGAGGGGAAGGGCCCUUGCUGCUUUGGGCGCGCAUGCGUGCCUUUGCACGCUGCGCUGAGCUGCGGAUGUGUGCGGCCAACUGGCCUGAUGAGUUGCAACAUCGCCGCAGUUCCGAUUAAAACUGAGGGGCGUUAUACUAUACCAGGUCAGCGCUACUAAAGCAGCUGUUUGGGGGAUGGGCGGAUCUGGGUUUUGGGCGUUGCUGCUGUUGUUAUUACAUGGUACCAGCCCUUCCAGGAGCGUGGGUCCCUGGAACAUUCUUAUUGGGUUCUUAGCAUGCAUGCUUAGGUCACGUGCCUGCAGUUGUCGUCGGGUUGCUCGACUUGUGUCCAAGGGCUAUACGGGUUGCAGUUACGGGCUUGGGUACGGGCUAUUGGGGGUAAAGGGUUUCGGGCGGGUGUCUUACUCGGGCGAUAAGUCGUUCAGGAAAUUCUCAAAAUUUCAAUCCAAUCGGGCUUGCAAUUAAGAUGAUGUUUCCUUUUCCUGGGUGCUUCGCUGGCCCAUUCAUGCUUUGUGUCAGGCGGCUGUUAUCAUUACCUCCCUUUAGGCGCUUUGUUGCGCAUUUCAUAGUUGCAGGUUGUAACAUUGGCUAGGUUAAAUCUGCUGUCCCAGAGGAUAUUGGGGGAAUUGCGUCCACGAUUCGGGUUGUUCCUAAGCGUAUCGUUGAUAGGAUUGUCAAUGGGGGUUUAAUUACGUUUGGGGUAGAGCGUGGGGAUAUGAGGCUUUAAUGCCUGGGGUCACGCUCUAUGUGUUUCACAUGUUGUCUAUCUACCUGUUUAUGUCAAUGCAUGGUAGCUGCAACAAGCUAUGCUGCUUUUCGUUGCCGUAACCCUACGCCUGCGGAAGGGGUCAAACGUUAUGUAAGGCACUUGUCCAUGUAAGACACGAACAAGCGAAAGAUUAACCGGAAAACAUGCACGUUCAACCGGCAUGAAGCCAACGUCGGAGGUAAGCUGGGAUCAUUUUACGGGAUUACAUGUAUGGUAUGUCAUGCAUGGGUCCGAAGACUAUAGGUUUGCGACUCCUCGGCUUUCCACUCGGGCAGUGAUCGACAACAACAACGCGCAGGGUACGCACGGUUUAGGUGUGCCGUACAUGCUGGGAGUCUCGUGGAGUAUUGGGUGUUGCAUUGGGACGUUGCUGUUCCCCCACAACCUUCUGACGUUGCCCAAUUCAGGUACCUAUGUUCCCAGAAAACAUGUCAUUUUCGCCUGUUUCUGGCUGCGAUGGGCACGCAUGACAGCAGCAAGUCCUCACGUCGAGACACUAACCUUUGGACUAUAGAGUUUGGGGUUAGGACUGUAGGUACUCCCUUUCGAUUUGCGGGGUGACUCUAGUCAGGCAUACUAGUACUUCCUUGCCAGCCCAUUACACUCCCAUGAUCAACAGCCAAACCCAGUCUUGCCGGCGCCCAGGUCUGUCCUCAGUCUGCAACACUGACGCUCAUUACGUACAGGAACAUUCCGUACUCGCGCUUUUGGGGGUGCUCAGCACAGUAACUUUGAGAGGAAUGCUAUGGGGAAGUACACCGACUGUUUUGUUUCCAACGUCUAUUAUCCAUAGGGUGAUCUCGGUGCCACGUUAACCUCACCCAAACUACUCCCUGACAGAACUGGUCUUGCCAAUGAUUUCACGUAUCUUCGGUGAUAGCGCUCGGUCGCUGGCUACAUGUGGUAUCGCUUAUAACAACACAUUCUAUCACGUAUGUGAGGUUCUUAUGUUACAUGGAACCAGACUUCCUUAUAGUUUCAACAGUCUCUGACAUGGAUUCACGUUCCAUUCGUACGAUACCAUCAGCGACCGAAGCCUGGGAGUUAACCAGUAGAGUUACUAAUAUGCGACGUCUUGCUGUCAUGAAACUUUAAAGCAAACUUGCGUUUGAUUGCCUAGGACAUCACGGCAAAGGAGAAGCUGUCGGUCGCUUGUGCUAGCUUCCCUUCCCGUGUUGUAGGUUACUCGGCUAUUGUAAAAAUAUCUUACCCUGAAAAGGUAUUUUGCCUAGAAGUACCGCGUUAAUCAACGCUAGUAAGGCGCUAUCAUGAGCUUGGACUCAGGGCCUGAAGUUCGCGUCCAGCUUCAGGUGCAGAUGAAGGAUAGCAAACCUAAGGAAAUCAUCAGGAAGGUCACAAGCACAGGCUACGAGAUUGUAGAAUGCGACGGCUUUGUCUUCGCCAGGAAGCGGAAGGCGCCCCCAACCCAGGAGCCCCAACCAGCUGAACAACCUGCUGCUGGCUCUCAGCCCACCAAUGGUGUGGCUGAUGUUACCUCGGAAGCACCAGCACCAGGGCCCCAAGCCGACAACCCACUUCCCCCGGAGCAGCAGUCCGAGCCUGCAGGGACACCUGCCGCCCCCGCCAUAGCUACUGCCAACGAUGCAGAACAGCGCUCCCCCCUCAACAAGAAAGCGCGUGUUGAUACCGACGCAGAACCAUCUCCAUCCACGCCGGCAGCCGCCACCUCCGAACGCGGCGAUCAGCAAGAGGAGCAAGUGCAGGAGGAGGAGCAGGAGGAGGAGGAGGAACAACCGCAGCCGCCUCCCCGUGAACGCGACCUGGUCGCGGAAGUCUCCAGCCUCACCGCCUUCGUGCCGUCGGGAUGCCCCACGGCCCUCAAGGUCACCUGGCUUCUGCAACAGGCGCUUCAACUCGCAGUGCCGCCAGGCGAUGACGCUGCGGCUGCUGCCGCGGAGUCCGUACUCGCCGCCUUCAAGCGGGGGAUAGAGCAGCAGGUGGCGGCGGCGCAGCAGCUGCUGCAAGCCGGCGGGCCCGAGGAGCUGCGACAGUUUGACAGCCUGCCCCCGAUGGUACGGGAGAUGUGCAGCGAAGAGCGUGUGGCGGCCGGCCUGCGGCAGCGGUUAGCGGCGCUGGAGGCGGAGGAGACGGCAUGGCUGGCACUGGAGGCUAGGUACCGGGACGGUGGCGCUGCGGCUGAGGUUGUCAUCCCAGAUGGGGCUGACGCGGCUGCGGCUGGGGUUGCUGCUGGGGAGGGAGAGGCGCGGGAUGCGGGUGCGACAGGCACCAGUGCGGGGCCGGAGGAGCGGCCGCUGCCGCCGGUGAACCUGGAGGUGCUCGAGAAGGCCCGGCAGCUGGCGGACGUGGAGCUUGAGAUUCAGGUCGACCACGUGAACAGCAUGCUGGGGCGCUUGGAGCUGCUGCUGGAGGAGGCGGAGGAGGAGUCAUCGCUACUGCAGGCCGAUUACCACAAGGAAAACUUCUUCAACCGGCCCGGUUACGUCCACCUCGACUCCCCCAACGUGCUACUGAGAUAUGUCUCUCAGCCGGCGGUCCCCGCCGCGCCCAUGGACUUCGUGCCCUCUACGCAGCCCAGCCAGGGCUGAGCAAGCUGCACGCAAAUGCCGGACUUGCUCUUGCAGGGCAGUGCCUAGUGGCCAUGCGCCGUUGUAGCAACCUACUGUGGCCCACAUGGCCCCGAUACACUAAAUGGCGCUUGGUACUCGCUGUCCUGUGGCAAUCCCCCUUGGCUAUAGGGUGUAUUGGUGUCCGGUCUCCGCUUCCCACAUGUUUGUUGCCCAUCUUUUUGACCACCCAAGGCGGCUGGCCUAGUAACAGUAGGAAGGAAUAGUUGUUGAGGUAGGAUAAGCUUUCGUUGCGCAGGCUUAAAAAUGCAUUCCAAGACACCGUCUGUGCUAAACAUUGCUGGCCCAUGGGCCAUAUGUGCAGUCGCUCCACUGCGCUGUGAGAAGUUGAGCUUUGUCACAAGCUAUGGAUAUUUGGUGGAGCGUUGGAAGAUGUGUAUCCUAGCUGUUCUAGAUGCUCAUGUAUAUAUGCGCACGCACAUACCUGCCACAAGCCGGGACUGUACAGCGGCUGCGUGUGGCUUUGCCUAGGUAAUGAGGGCGGAAGGCUUUAGUGGUAAGAAAACUGGCUUGAGUGGUGUGUAUAGCAGGGGUGUCGCAAUAUGAGAAGCGCGUGGUGCCACGGAUAUGUGUGCCGUUAUGGCCAUGCACAGUAUUUGGCUUUUGCAUUGCGGGGACUGGCGAGAAAGGACUUGGCCGCUGCCUUCAACACGGG